AUGAUGUCAGGAUUACAAGUUGAAAAAUGGAACACCGAAACAGAUGGACCUCUAAAUGAAGCCAGCAUGAGGAGAAAGUUAAAAGGCUACUCCUGCAUAAAAUACACUUUUCCUCCUGGUACAGACUUUCCUGAUCACACUCAUAAUGUCUCUAAAAAGGAUUCAAUAAUAGCUGGCCAGUUUCGGUUUGCUAUGAAGGGAAGAGAAGUCAUCCUCCAGCCUGGUGAUAUGAUUGAGGUUCCAGCUGGUGUGGUGCAUAAUGCUUCAGUGAUUGGAAGUGAAUCAGUGGUUUUCUUUGAUGCCACAAAGUAG